AUGGGCCGCGAUGCCAUGAUAUUUGGUUUACUGUUAGCAGUUAUUUGUCACGCAGACGGCUCGGAAGUGUUUUCAUCGUCACCUCAAGACGAUCCAUAUUAUGUCCGUGAUGGCGCCUCAGGACCAGUUUUGCCGUGCGCUCUAAAUGCUCCGUAUUCGGACCGCAGCCAGUAUGAAGUGAAUUGGGCGCGCUAUAACAACGGCCAACUCAGAAUAAUUGCCCGUAACGACAAAAUGCUGGAAAAGAAGGACGCUCGGUUUGCAUUGCUCAACGAUCCCCUCACCGGAAACUAUAGUUUGAAAAUUGUCAAUGUUCAACGAGAAAGUGUUGAGGGAUCGUACCAUUGUAAUGUGAUCGCCAACGAUGAUUCCGGAACUCAAUAUUCGUCGAAAAAGGCGACGGUUGUAGUUUUAGUGCCACCCGGCGAUCCAGUUAUUAGUGAAGCUCCAGAUGAGCCGGUUGCUGAGGGUGAUACGGUCACUGUCAAGUGCAUGUCAAUUGGAGGAAGUCCUGAACCAACAUUCACGUGGACACUUCCGAAUGGCACACAAGCCGACCAACGUUUAUACAGCACCGUAUUCCGCGAUGGGGCAACAGAGAGUGCAUUACAUUUCCGGGUAACCGCUGAAGAUAAUGGAGCAUCUGUAAAAUGCUCGGUGAACAACAAAGCCAUGGAUGACAAUGAAUUGAAAACAUCUUCGAGCUCACGUUUGAACGUAUUGUUCAAGCCCCGUGUCCACGUGUCACCACUGGAGAACAUGACACAUUUGUCUGUCGAAGCUGGAGAACUUGUCAAUCUGACAUGUAACGCUGAUGCGAAUCCACCAGUUCAUAGCUAUGAAUGGAAACACCUGGCUUCCGGUGAAAGAUACCAGGCGCAAGUCUGGCCGAUGCACGCUGACAAGGCCAUGAGUGGCGAUUAUGAAUGUCGCGCAACGAAUCAACUCGGAGAUGGAAGUGACAUCUUGAAACUAAAUGUGCAGUACGCGCCGCAAAUUUCCGUUCCAAUUUCCGUGAGCCCCAAUGAGAAGGAAAAGGUGGAAAUUGACUGUCUCGUCGAUGCAAAUCCGGCCAUUACGGAAAUUAAAUGGAUUGGUCCGAACGGGUUCAAGAUGGACGGCUCCGUGCUUAUCCUCAAAUCCAUAAGCAGAGAGCAGACGGGAAAUUAUACGUGCAUCGCUACCAAUUUCUUGAACAUUUAUGGGCAAUCGGGAUCUCAGCAACGUGUUGGAACGGGAAUCACGUUUGUUGACGUGAAACGCAAACCAGGACCGGCAAAAAUUACAAUAAUCAAAGAGGAUAUCAAUGUUGGAGAUGUCAUUGAGUUACGUUGCGAAGCGCCGGAUGCUGGAAACCCAAAAGCCUCUUAUAAAUGGGCUUCUCCUUCUUCGGGAGGUGAAUAUGGAUCUAAUGAACAUGAUCGGGAAACUCUUAUUGUUCGAAAUGCUCAGCUUUCCGACAAUGGCGAAUACCGUUGCCUUCCAUAUAAUGAGCUUGGAGCUGGCAAAGAAGCAGUUUUCCGCGUUACGGUUAUUGAACCCGCAAAAAUAUCUAGCCCUCUAACUACCGAACGAAUUUUCUCUGCCGGUGAAGUCAAGAAAAAUUUAGAAUGUGAGGCUCAGGGAUAUCCUACUCCAGAAAUCAGUUGGUACAAGGAUGGAAAGCUAUUGACUGACAAACGCUACAUUGUCACUAGCAACGUGGCCAAAUCAAGAUGCGCAGAUGAUGAUUAUUGCACACAAUCGACGUACAGCUCGCUCACAAUGACCGGUCCUUUGAGGUGGUCCGACAAGGGCAAUUUCACGUGCAUUACUAAUAAUGGCGGAUCCGCGUCAUUGGAAGAAAAGGCAUCGUGGACAAUUGUGCGCAUCAUGCAUUCUCCUGUUAUGCUUAACCAACGAUUUGGCGGCAAAGCUCUGGCAGCUGCCGACAUUGGAACGCAGGCAAGACUUAGCUGUUUGGUGUCCGCCCGACCAGAACCAGAAUUCCACUGGGUUUACAAGGGAGCUGACAUCAAAGAAAAUGAGAAAUAUUCGGUGCAUAUGGUGCCAGUUCGCGGACGACCUGAUGAAUAUGAACAAGUUCUUCAAAUUGAGAAUGUUCAAGAGAAGGACUACGGAGAGUAUCUUUGCCGCGCAUCCAAUGGAAAUGGUGGUGAUAAUGUGGUUAUCGAAAUGAAGAAAACGGGAAUACCGGAUAUUCCGGAUGACUUGCAAAAAGUGUCGUCGACACCACACUCAAUUAACCUUGGAUGGAGGCCGAAAUUUGGCGGUGGUUACCUACAAACGUUUACGGUGGAAUACAGAAAACUUAAUCCAUUCACCGGAUCAAUUGAAGAAGCAAUCGCUGAAACCCUUGAGAUUCGCAAUGCCACCAAAUUCAACGAAUAUAAGGAUGAUGGAUCAAUUGACUUUGGAAUGCGAUAUAAUUUGAGCGGCCUUACACCGCUAUCCACUUAUUAUGUACGACUACGGGCAGUUAAUGAAAAGGGAGCUUCUGAAUUCACCCCAAUGAUUGUUGCUUCCACUAAUGAUGUUCACGAAGAUAAAAACAUGAUGUCCCCUUCACGUUUAAUUUAUAAACAGAACAAACAGACCAUUGAAAUUGAGCCGAGACCACCCAUGGAUGCUUGCACACUUUUGUAUGUAUUGGUCGAAGAUUCUUGGAGAGCCAGUGAUUGUUUCGUUUCGAGUAAACCGAUCCCGAACGUUUUGCAAGGAAACAAGUACAAAGCAAGAUUCUGCAUGGCUCAAGCUCCGUUCAAAUGCUCACCAAUGUCUCCCGUCACCGAGACCGGCUCGUCAUCGUCCUGGAAAGCAGGAACUCUUGUUCCAAUAAUGUUCGUAAUCUUCAUUAUUCUCUCGAUCUGCGUAUUUUUCAUCGUGUGUUGUCGCACUAGAGUGCCAACAAAUAAAUCGCUGAAGAUGACACCCGUGACGCUUUCCGCUUUGCCAACUGCUGAAACUAAAAAUGCGAUCGUUCAUGGAUCGCAAGCCGAUAGUGGUGUUUUUACGCUUGAUUCGACUCGCUUGAAAAGCAACAUUGCUCCAACUCAGCAUACUUAUUCAAGCUCGAACAGCGACGAAACGGCCGUGGAGAAUUGGAAUAAUGAUGAUUCGCAUUAUGAUGUGAGCAGUGAUCCCUAUUUGACGGAAGCUAAUACUAACAUUUUCCAAGCUGGUGUUCUUGAAGACCAAAAAAUGGACCGUGGGGAUUCUCCGAGUGUGACUGGAACUGAAGACAGCGACGGUCGUAGAAUCAUGAGAGAGAUUAUUGUCUAA